GUUGGUUGGUUGUUGUUUAGUGAUUGACGAUGAUGAUGAUGAUUGUAGUGAAUAAUAAUCAUAUAAUAAUCAUAUUAUGAACGAAAAUGAAUUCAACAAUUAUCCAACCAUUAUGGAUCUUUGCAUUGGCCAUCAUAUUCUUGGCAUCGACUAUUCAUUUUGGUUAUAAUUUUUUAUCAUCAGAAGAAUUACUCCUAAACGACCAACAAGAUGAUCCAUCAAUCAGUGAUGAUUCAUGGAUCAAAAAAACAUUAUCGAUGCCAUUGGAAAGUAGUCAAGGUGAACGAAUGUUUGUUAAUCAUGAUUAUAGCAUCUAUCUUUAUCUACAAGAUCAUUGUAAUCAAACAUUGGCAAAAAGUCGGCCGAAAUUCAAUAAAUUCGUAUUGUUCAUUAUUGAUGCAUUACGUGUAGAUUUUGUACGAUCAAUCAUUGGUGAAAAUCAACAUGAACAAUCAUUGGAUCCAUUGUUACCGUAUACGGAAAAAGUGAUGCAAACUAAUGGUAUCGGUUUGAUAAGCGUAGCUACCAUACCGACUGUAACAUUACCUCGAAUUAAGGCUUUGAUCACCGGUACAUUGCCAUCAUUUAUGGAUUAUUUUCUUAAUCUUAAUCCUGUGGUCAAUAGUAAUAACAAUAACAAUAACAAUGACAAUGUUAAUGUGGAAAGUAAAACAAAAAAACAUGCGGACGAUAAUCUUGUCGAACAAUUUAAUCGACAAGGUAAAUCAAUCGUUUUCUAUGGUGAUGAUACAUGGACACAAUUGUUUUCAUCAUCAGCAAAUGAAAUAUUCAAAAGAAUAAAUGUAACAUCAUCAUUAUUUGCAACCGAUUAUACUGAAGUUGAUUCAAAUGUCACAUAUAAUGUGAAUCGUGAAUUAAAGACACUCAAUGAUUGGGACGUCAUGAUCCUGCAUUAUUUAGGCGUCGAUCAUAUUGGUCAUUUACGUGGUUUUCAUUCAGAAUUAUUUCCAGACAAAUUUCAUGAAAUGGACAAUGUAUUUCGUAACAUAUUCGAUACAAUCACUUAUUCUGCAUCCGUCAACGAUUCAUAUUUAAUUGUAAUCACCGGUGACCAUGGUAUGACCGAUGCCGGCAAUCAUGGUGGUCAUACAAUCGCUGAAACGCAUACAGCUUUGAUAUUUAUCAGUACGAAUAAAAUUCAUUAUCAACCUCAUCAGCCUUCAUCGAAAAAUGAUCAUAAAACCGACAAAGAGAUUGCCAUUUUUCAAUUAGAUUUUGCAGCUACCAUUGCCGUACUAUUUGGUCUAGAACUGCCACGUAAAAAUCAAGGUCGAAUCAUUUCCACAGUAUUGGAACGAUUCAACAUUCCACAUGACGAACAUCUUUGUCAUCUAUUUCGUAAUGCAUUACAAACACAAAAAUUAUUGAUGAAUAAUGGUGAAGAGACAAAAUUAUUACGUAAACAAUUCACCACUGCAUUGAAUCAUCAUUGGAAUUUUAUUGGCAAACAAAAUCAAACCACAUCAAGUGAAGAAAGUUUUGAAAAAGCACAAAAAUCGUAUCAACAACUUAUUGGACAAAUUCAACAUGAAUUUGUCUCUCAGACAAUUGAUCGUUCAUUUUGGUCAUCAUUGAUUGGUGCAAUUCUAAUAUCAUCGCUGACAGUUGUUGUUUUAUUAUUGAUUGAAAUUAUUUGCAAUCGUUCAUCAUCGAUAGUGAUUAUUCAUCUGGAUCGGUUGUUAUCUGGUUAUUAUAAUAGCAAUGGUCAUUAUUAUCAUGAUCUCGUACCGCUUCGAUAUUCAUCAUCACCAUUGGCAACGAUAAUCAUAAUGGCCAUAUUUAUGUUACGUUUCUGUUUACUUGGUUCAAUCAAUUUUAUGCUCAACGAGCAUUUAUUCUGGUAUUAUUCAACAUUAUUCUUACUAUCAGUUAAUUUAUUCAUUAUUAUCAAGACCUGUCACAAUCAUCACAAAUUUAAUUGUCUAGUCAUCGUAAAUUCAGUUGGAUUAAUCGUGACAUUUUUCCUAUUAACAUAUUGGCGAAUGCCCGUAUUGACUGAUCAAGAUUUGAACCGAAUCGAUAUUACUGAUUAUCUACAACGUUCAUCAAAUAAACGUUUAUUAAGUUCACUGUUGAUUACUGCAUUGAUCGUAACGGCAUCAAUGAUCUAUGGACAAACAGGAUCAAGAUGUUCAUAUUAUUUUCUAAUCACAUCGUUUGUUUUAACCUAUUUUUAUCGCAGUUAUCUAAAUCAGGUGACCGUUUUUCGAUUCUCCGCACUUAAUUUCCUUGCAAAAUGGCCGAAUUUUUGUGCACAAAUCAUCUUCACACUUGUGUUGUUCAUCAUAAUGGAUUGUAUUUAUCGAAAAUUCAACUAUAACAUAACAAUACCAAUAUUAUCAGGGUGGAUUGUUUCCAAUUCAAAAAAACAACCGGUUAUAAUAAUGAAAGGUAUCUGCCUGAAUACAUUGAUCACAAUAUGGAUCAUUAUGUCGAUACUUUUGCUGGAACCAUCAUUAAUGCCAGUGUUUACAUUGAAUAUUUUGAUGGAAAAAAUGCUUUACUCAAUCCUAUCCGAGACGAACACAACAAAAAUGGAUGUUAAAUAUCGUCAACUAUUCUAUCGUUUUGGACUCUAUGCCUGUAUGGCAUAUAGCUCAUUCUAUCAGCUUGGAAAUCGAAAUUCCUUGUCAACAAUCAGUGUUAAUAGUUGUUUUAUUGGCCUCAAUCAACAUAUACCGAUCGUUUGUGGUUUAUUCAUGACAAUAUCCAUUUAUUCAACAAUGAUCUAUUGGAUGAUUAUGUUUUUCAUUCGUUUUCGUGAUGAUUUUUUCAUCAAUAACAUUGAUGAGUCGAAUAUUCCGAAAAAUUAUCAAACAUUCACAUCGAUCAUAACGAUUACGUUGAUAAAUCGUUUUGCAAUGAUGUCGAUGACGAUGUUUGUUACAUGGUGGCUGCGUGAUCAUCUUUUCAUAUGGUCAAUUAUUUGUCCUAAAUUAAUCUAUGAAUUUUGUUUUACCAUUUUGAUUACAAUUUUUACAUUGACAAUGUUUAUUCUUUAUACAUAUGAUGAUUGUUUUAUUGAAAUGCAACAGAAAUCAAAAAUCAAUGAUGAAUGCAUGAUGCAGUAG